CACUCCAGCAAGGCAUUUCAAAACCACUCGGGGGAACCAUGAAUCUGGAAUGAUGUCAGCCCAAGUCGGAGUCCAGAAGUUCUCCUUUCCAUUCAGCUGUGCUGUUAAAUUUCCUGGGCGAGAGAGCAGAGCAGAGGAGAGAUGUGGACAGGUGGAGCCCCAGGGGCUCCCUGACCUUAACCACCAUCACAUCCUCAGCCAGCAGAGCCCUGUUGCUGUUGUAGCUGCAAGUGGUGGAGCUUUUGCAGUCCGGGCCCCUAAACUUUGGAACUCUUUACCUGCUGAGAUCAGUGUGCAGGAUGAGAAGCAGGAACAGGACAACAGGCAGCCUCUUCCUGGGGGAGACAGGGCCGUUCCCCGGGUGUUGGUGGGCGCCGGGGCCUCCCCGGGACACGGGGCCUCCCCGGGACACGGGGCGUCCCCGGGUGCGGUGGCUUCCAGGUGGAGCCUGUCCCAGGACCUGAAGGUGGAGAGUGAAGACCAACGUCCGGCAGCGAAGCGGCAGCUGUCCUCGGAGAGCGCAGCCCGGACUUCUACGGUGAAGAAGAGUGCUGUGAGGACGGAGGACCAGCAGAGACUCCUGCAGCAGAGACACCUGCAGCAGAGAGCAGCGCUGGGCCAGAGGGGGACGCCCCGUGCUGCCGGGACAGACAGGAGGAAGCGUAGAAAGGAGCUCUUCACCACCUCGGAGGUCUUCCACAGGCUUGACUCCAACGUUAUUAGGAAAGGAGCAGAGCUGAAGCAGGAGUGUGUGUAUGAUGUCCAGGCAAUAGUUCAGGGCAUCACGCGAGAAGCCAGCAGUGAGCUGGAGAGGCUCCGUGCCAUCUGGGUCUGGCUGUGCCACAACAUCGAGUACGACGUGAGUGGGUACCUGGGGCACUCGGAGAAGCUGAGCUCCCCCGAGGACGUGAUAGCGGCUGGCCGGGGGGUUUGCUGCGGCUACUCCAAUCUUUGUUCAGAAAUGUGCAGAGAAGUGGGCAUCGAGUGCCAGGAAGUGCCGGGUCACAGCAAAGGUAUCGGGUACCGUCAAGGGCAGAGCCUACAGCACGUGAAAUCAGACCACAUGUGGAACGCCGUGCUGCUGGAAGGACAGUGGUUCCUGCUGGAUGCCUGCUGGGGAGCUGGACGAGUAGAUAUGGAACAUGAAAGCUUUGUCAAAAGGUUCGAUGAUUUCUAUUUCCUCACGGAGCCAGAGGAGUUCAUUGAUUCGCAUUUCCCAGACGAGGAGGGAUGGCAGCUCCUGGACAAGCCCCUGCCCUUGCCGGAGUUUGAGAGGAGAGUCUUCAAGACCUCCACCUUCUUCACCAGCGGCCUGCGGCUGAUCACGCCUCACCACUUCCACAUCGUCACAGGUCCCACAUCGGCUUGUUCUUUAUUUAUUUUCAAUGAGGGUGAGGCCAACGUGUCCCUUGGCUUCUCCACCCCGACGACGUUCACCUACGAGAUCACGCAGCACCAGGACCUGCUCUACAGUGGCGUGUCGGAGAAGAGGGAGGCGAGCAGCUCCUCGUUCGGCCUCCUGACCGUCUCUAACCGCCGCAUGAACCUGCAGCUGCUGCCGGCCGCCAGCGGCACGUACGACGUGAAGCUGUUCGCCCGGCCCGAGGCGGCGGCGACGCCUCUGCUCUGGGUCUGCUCCUUCACGCUGGAGUGUCUGGCUCCCCGGGGCCUGGAGGAGAUCCCGGAGAACCCCUUCCUGUCCUGGGGGCUGCAGCCCACGGCCGGGUCCUGGGGCGUGGCCGGCAGCAGCCAGGGCGGGGAGGUGGCCGAGGUGCUGGAGGGCGUGUUCCAGCUGGUGCUGAGCACGUCCCGGCCGCUCAUGCUGCUCUGCGAGCUGGUCCACCCCCAGCUGGACGCCGCGGCGGCCAAGCGCUGCCUGGCCGCUCAGAUCCAGCCCGACUCCCUCACCUGCCACGUCCUCUGCCCCUUCCACGGCUUCUACCGGCUGUCGGUGUUUGUGCGGGACUACGAGAAGCCCGAGGCCAAGUUCCAGAACGCUGCUAACUUCCUGCUGCACUGCAGGGGGAAGGUGGUCGGCCCCGGCGAGCUGUUCCCCGCCGACCUGGCCGCGGCGUGCGGACCGGGGACCCGGACGGCCGAGGCGGGCUUGUCCCGGUUCAGCCACAACGCUGCCGUGGUAACGACCCAGCAGGGCAAGUGCAACAUCACCUUCCAGAACCAGCGGGAGCUGGAGCUGCACUGCACGCUCACCCGGGGGGCGGUUCCCCUGCCCCGCCACCUGUUCUGCACGCACACGGACAGCAAGGUGACGGUGAGCACCAGCCUCCCCGGCGCCGGCGUGUACCGGCUGGGACUCUACGCCCGCACCGGCCCGCCCGGGGACUUCAGCCCCGUGUGCGACUUCGUCCUGAGGAACAGCUGCCCCGCGCCGGGCCCCCCCUUCCCCUGCGUCUUCUCGGCCUGGAAGAAAGGCUGCGUACUGUUCGAGCCCCGCGCGGGCCUGCUGGAGCCCCGGGCCCGGGUCCAGUUCAGGGUGCGGGUCCCCGGGGCCCUGAGGGUCAGCGUGGUGGGGGACACCCGCACCGAGCUGACGCUGAACAAGAGCAGGGUCUGGGAAGGGGGCGUCUCCGCCGGGGACGGCCCCCGGGGACUCAAGCUGGCCGCCUGUUUCCAGGAGAAUGGAGACAUGGCUGUUCUGAUGGCUUUUGACACCAAGCAGGUGGAGGACGACGUGUGA